AUGUCAACCAAUCCUCAAGAAGAUGUAUAUAUAGAGUAUUUGAAUUAUGAUUGGAAGUCAUUUACAGAAUUCCAGGAUGGUUUGCAAGAAAUCUUAGAGAAUUAUUUAGCAAACUUGAAAGAACAGGAUGCUUCCAUAACUACUAUACCAAGCUUAGACAAGCAACAGUUGAUAGAUCAAGCCAAAUCAUUCUUUUUUUGUAACAAAACUGGACAUAUUUUGAAUUUGGAUGAUUAUAACCAAUGGAAGUUACAUAAUGGUGAUAAGUUCAUAAGAAGUGAUCAAAUUGAAGAACACAAGGAAGACAAGGAAGUCGCAGAAGAAGAAGAAGAAGAAGAAGAAGAAGAAGAAGAAGAAGAAGAAGAAGAAGAAGAAGAAGAAGAGCCAUACACAUCCAAUUAUCAAGAAUUAGUUGAAUUGAUUGCUCAAGGUAAACCUAUUCCAGGCAUAAAGCAUAUCCCAGACACAGUCUUGACAGACCAAGGCACAGCUGCUUCAGCUGCUCAACGAACAAAACCUUGGGAAAAAAACAAACCAGUCAAUGAAGAAGAUACUCCUAAAAGUGAUAGUUCGUAG